AUGCACCGAAUGCUACGACUGCGAGCGCUCUGCACUUUUCUGCUAAUUGCACUUGCUAUUGUGACUCGAGUACGAUGCUACUGUAAUGUGCUUGACCACCAAGCAUGCGAUGAACUCUGUAAAGUUGACAGCUAUUGGUAUGGUCACUGCACAGCAUGGGAUGGAAAAAACUUCAGUUGCAAAUGCUUCGAUUACCCGUCUCCACUGGAUGGUAAAUCAUGUAUCGGAAAACAUUCAAAUUGUGCCAGAAAAUGUAAAGAAACGGGUUCGGAGGGUGGCUUUUGUUAUCCGCAACGGGAUCGAGGAUCAGAACGUAGACGAACAGGCUGUGAAUGCUUCAAAGACGUUCCACCACUUCUCAAACGACGAAAGCGAUCAUACAACCAUGUGCUCGCAAAUAAGAGAUUAACAUAAAGAAAGAAGAUACAGCCUUCGGUAUGAAGAUCUCAAUAAACCGAAGGGUCAAAUAUCAUUUUCGGUAAUGGGUACUGUACAUUGUAUUUCUACAUUUUAUCAUGUUCUGUGCUUACACUGCAGAUUUCUAACCAUAACAGAAUUAUGCUG